GCUUCUGGGAUCCCGAUGUGGCAGAGAGGCCGUCACCGCCAAAGAGGUGGAGGGCCCGCGAGCGCAGUAUUGGAGACACUGCCGCCAUCCUCUUCGUCAGCCCAGCUGUCUUCCUAGAAACGCUCCUCGCCUAAGAAUCCUUCCCUCCCAGCUCUUGCAAACUCCGAACUCGUCGCCUGCUGAUCCUCUUUCACCACAGGUUCACAGCGGAGGCAGCAGUGAGGUGUCCGAUUUGGACACGUGAGACCUGCGGUCCCCCGACUUGGGGAGCCUCUUUCCUCCCCUUGCAGGUAUGAAGACACCUCACAAAAAGGCAACUGCAAGGCAGCAAACAAGGGACAUUGUUGAUGGCGACACCUUGUCUGCAAGUAUGAGGAAGAAAAAGAUUUCUCAAAAGAAACAGAGGGGCAGACCUUCCUCCCAGCCCCGCAGGAACAUCGUGGGCUGCAGAAUUUCACAUGGAUGGAAGGAAGGCAAUGAGCCCAUCACCCAGUGGAAAGGAACCGUUCUGGAUCAGGUGCCUAUAAAUCCCUCUCUUUAUCUGGUGAAAUAUGAUGGAAUUGACUGUGUCUAUGGACUGGAACUUCACAGGGAUAAAAGGAUUUUAAAGCUUAAAAUCCUUCCUGAUAAAGUGCCAUUUUCUCGAGUCAGAGAUGUGCGCCUUGCAAAUACCAUAAUUGGUAAAGCUGUGGAACAUAUGUUUGAGGGUGAGCAUGGUUCUAAGGAUGGAUGGAGGGGGAUGGUCUUAGCCCAAGCACCCAUUAUGAAAGCCUGGUUUUAUAUUACCUAUGAGAAAGAUCCUGUUUUGUACAUGUACCAGCUUUUAGAUGAUUAUAAAGAAGGUGACCUCCAUAUCAUGCCAGAGUCGAGUAAGUCUUCUCCAAAAGAGAGAGAGCCAGAAGGAGUUAUAGAUGGUCUCAUAGGUAAACAUGUAGAAUAUACCAAAGAAGAUGGCUCCAAAAGGACAGGCAAAGUAAUUCACCAAGUUAAAGCCAAACCUUCUGUGUACUUCAUCAAGUUUGAUGAUGAUUUCCAUAUCUAUGUCUAUGAUUUGGUGAAAAAGUCUUAACAGUUAGGGUAAACCUUAUCACAUGUAUGUAGGCAAAUGUAUGAUUUGAAGAAACACAAAAAAUGUUGCUUUUCAGUGUACUGAAAGUAUAGGGGCCCCUAAUAACCCAUCAUCAUUGCCAGCAAAACUGUUGUUUUGUUCUGAAAAAUAUAAGUUUAUGUAGCUAUGA